AUGCCACCACGCUCAGGUACCAGCAGAAAGUCCGACGCCAGUACGCGAAAGUCUCGACCCAACGAUGUGCAACCUGGUGACCCUGUUCCGCAACGUGCGAAACGAAGAUAUCGUCCUGGUACGGUAGCGCUCCGCGAAAUCCGGAAGUAUCAAAGUAGCACCGAUUUGUUAUUGCGAAAGCUUCCAUUUGCCCGACUGGUGGGUGCAUUCUGGCCCAUGGAGACAGGAUAG